UAUAUAUAAAAAGAAUCAACCAUUCUAAUUUCAGUAAAAAAUAAAAAUAAAAAAAAUAAUUCAACCUGAUUUGAACUUUGCGUAUUAUUACUUCCGGGAAGCAAUUGAGAGGAACACGCUGCGCAAAUAUGGAUCGUUUUUUGCAACCAAAAGUUCCACGGAUGGAAUUUGAGAAGGAUGCAUUUUUGGAAGCAGAGUCCGACCAACAAAGAAAUAUUAAUCUGGAUGAAGAAGAUAAACUGUGCAGUUAUCCUUCCACUGCUGCUGAGAAUGCUAACAGUGUUAGCACUGGACAGCUAGAAGAUCUAAGCAGAAGUCCUCAAGAUGGACCAAGACGACCACAAACGAGUGGAUCAAAACUCCCCAACAUGCUCGACAAAGGACAUUCUGCAUUGGUUCAGGAGAACCGGAGGUACAUGAUGGGUGUUGUAGAAAGUUUGCGCUACACAGCUUGUCAGGGAAUCGCACAGCGCAGUCACAGUGAGAAACAGGAUUCAGCUAACAAAGGUAAUUUUCGUGAGAUGCUUGAUGUGAUUGGAAAAUUUGAUCCCAAUGUCCAAAAAAAGCUGACAAUUAAUCCAUCUAAUGCUAAGUAUGUUCAUCAUGACAUACAGAACGAAAUAUUUAAUGUUAUGGCUGAAAUGAUAAGAAAACAAAUCAGCAAUGAAGUGAAAGAAGCUCAACACUUUGCUAUUUUGGUGGAUGAAAGUAAAGAUAUCAGCAAAAAAGAACAAAUAUCUGUUAUUGUUCGUUAUUUGCAGCCAGAUUCAGAGAAGGUGGUGGAAGAAUUUUUGCAUUUCACCCCAGCAGAAGGAUUAGAUGCAGACUCACUUUUUGACUGUAUCAAAAUGACCCUCAGUCGUUGUAAUAUUGAUAUAAAUUGCUGUGUCGGACAGUGCUAUGACGGUGCUGCUGUUAUGUCCGGGUGCAACAAUGGAGUUCAAGAAAAGUUGAGAAAAGAGGUGCCGCAAGCUGUGUACAUUCACUGCCAUGCUCACAGGCUGAAUCUUGUGUUAGUAGACUGUGUACAUAAUGUUGAUGCUGCAGCCGAUUUUUUUGAGAUAUUGCAAAUGCUUUACAAGUUUUUUUCUGGGUCUGUUGUUCAUGAUCUUUUUUUGAAGAAGCAGGAAGAACUUGUGUCAGCUGUACAGCGCCUAGAACUUAAAAGACUCAGUGACACCCGCUGGGCGUGCCAUAACAUCAGUGAGCUGUGA